AUGAUGCCGAUUUCGAUCAACAUUGCCGUCCAGAAGCCGCUCCCCGGGGUCGAGCCUGACACGACCAGCACCAAGACGGUUCAGCGGCAGUCCAUGCAACAGCCGGCAAAUCGGCUCAGGUUCGACCUGAAAUGCCGCUACUACGCAACUCGAGAUGAUAUUCCCCAGUGCUUGACAUCAUUGUGGAGGUAUCUGCUUCUCCCAAAGCACCAAAAACAACUGGCAGGAUGGGAGUUGCUGGGGAGAAGGUUGAGACGUGGGCAAAAUAUCGAGGACAAGACGCCGAAGAUUGUAUUUUUGGAAGGUGGGCCAAGUGGUAGUGCGCAGAAGGCAACCCAGGAGCUUCUCCUCAAGUACAUGGAGGGAUUCGGCGAGGUACGAGGAUCGAGAGGAGCUGGCUCAGCCCAGAAAGGCAAGAUGGUGGAGAAGAGCGCUGGCAUCUUUCGUCACCAAAGUCCGGGCCUCGCAUCGCCAACGGCAACAGGAGGAGGCAAGCAAGCUCUCAGCGCCGAAGUCGAGCAACUACGUCUUACAUCCAGGGGAUUCAUUCUGCAGCUGAAACUACAGACAAAAUGGCGUCAUGUCCAGGCAGUGGCGCAACGACCCGGAGUUACCAUGGUCGAGGUUAGCAAAGUGACGACUGUCAAUAUUGACCACUUGUCGUGUGAGCGACGGCGGACACAGGCGAUCCGCGAGAAAGUGGGCAAAUUGAACCGGGCAGACGAUGCCAUGAUGCAGGGAGUAAGAGAUAUUUUGGAGCGCAGCAAGAAACUCAACAAGGAGCUCAAAAGCUUGCAAAAGGACCUGAUGAAGUACGCCUAUCGUCGCUCGCGUGGGGCCUAG